UAUUCUUUGAAAAAUCGUUAAUGCACUGCACGCAAAGCGCAUUACAGUGCACAUAAGUUUAUAAUACAAAUGCAUUUGUUGUUUAAGGUUCAAUUCACAUUAUUAAAAUCUUCAGAUUUCCGAGAUCUGUGUGAAAGAGAUUAAAGUUUUGAAGCAUCAAGUAAAGGUACCUUCUUAAAGUUCCUUCCUUCUAAAGAUCUUAUUAUAUGUAAGUAGGUACCACAGUGAGAUUGGAUCAUGAUCGUCAUUGUUGCGGUAACCGUGAAUCAUUCCUAAGUUCUAACCUAACUGUGAUAGCCGCAUCAGCGAGUUUGCUGUGUCGGCAGAGACUAGUCUGCCUUCGGCCACGACGUGGGGCGCUCCGACGCGGCGUUAGCUCUUGUUUAUAUGCCGCGAAAACAAACCCUGCGCAAUUAUCUCCGCGAUAAGCCACAACGCGCUAUCAACCUGUGAUAAGAGUGAUAACAGAUAAAAAACGAAGUGGUCGACGCCAGUUUUUGCCGUGUACCUCCCUAUUAUGUAAAACUCUAAAAGGCGUUUAGUUGGCGUUUAGUGUCUAAACUUGUGCAAUUAUGACGACAAUGGCGGGGCCUCGAAAGACGAUAUCCAUUCAUGACUACCCGGAGCAUCUGAAUCCGUUCCGGGAAGAGGACAAUCACAACAAGAUCAGGUUCUGGACAAUUGGUCGGAAGCUGAGCAGAUCGAAUAGCAUUACGUUUUCUGGAAUCAAGGACCUCAGAAACUCAUGGUCUUUGCGAUCGUUUAUGAGAAAAGGGAAAAAAGGCGAGCAGACAUCGUCGCAUAGCUCUAAACACACCAACCAUGUCAACGGAGACAACAGUCCCAUCGUGUUCAGGAGGGCUUUGCAAUAUUCAUCGGGCGCGUCCGGAGCCCGCAGCACGGUCGGCUCGCCGGAGCGUGCGGACCGCUAUGUGUACGGCGGGUCAGUCACGCCGCUGCCACGCUCGCGCUUCCAAGAACGUCUGCGCACCUCGCUACCAGAAGCCAAUUCGCCUAGUACAACACCACGUAUGGCACGAAGCGACAUUACUGGAUCUCGGCUAAGUGUGGCGAGCUCGAAUCCCUUCGAAGAAGCACCAAUACCGCCUGUACGAGCUUCACGUCGAAAGAAAAAGCGAGCCCCAGCACCGCCUCCAACAUUAAACGCUGAUGAUUCGCUUACUGAAAAUUUGGAACUAAGCAUAACAGAAAGCGAGGAUGCAAAGAAACCCAACGUUGAUGACGAGAUUGAAGAGAUGAAUCUUAAGGUGGAACUCAAAAUAGUCGAGGAUGAAGAAAAGCCUAUCGUAGAACAAAAAGUGGAUCCAGAUACUAAAUUAUCUAUUGAAGUUGUGGAAGACAACACGAAAACGAACAAUGCUGAAAGUAAUGAAAUCAAAGAUAUAAGUGAUAUAAAAACACAAGUUAUUGAAGAAAUAAAGGAACCCGACCCCGAUUCCGGAACUGAAGUUCCCUCUCCAAUCUCAUUUCCCAAAGUAGACAUUAGCAAGUACAGAAGAAACUCCAGCGUGAACGAGGACGAAAUUAGACUGCGCCGAGGUAAUUUAGAAGACUUUCACUCACUAGCACCAAACAAACGAAGUAAAAGUUUAUCGUACACUUUAGAUGGCAGCAACGUGGCUUAUCAUACAAACUUGAACGACGGUAAAAAUGUUGACAUUAACAGCAAUGAAGAGCCUCGGAGAGUAGUGUGUAAGGUGUACGAUGAUUCAAGAAAAAAGAGUAUCGACAACUCCAUUUCAAGCACGGAAAAGGAAUUUUUGGAAAUCGAUAAAGCCACGAGAGAAUUAGAAAGAGAGAUAAGCAAACUUAACUCGGCCUUGAUAGAAGAUGAUUUAACAUUCGAUAAUACUCGACUCUCAGUGUCGGAAAUAAGACAAAAGUUUGAUAAACCUGACACUAGUUCACCAAAUCCAAUACCAAAGCCUAGACGGAGUCACUAUGGAGAAUCCAAUUCACCUGCUAACGGUAAUAUUCCAACAUGACGUCCAGGUUAAAUUCGCAAAAGCAAUGUUGAUAAAAUAAAUAAGUAUAAACUAAAACGUUCUUACACACACUAGUUUUAAAAAUAGGUAUUUGGAUCUCAGAAUUUCAUUUUAGUUAAAUAAGCUAAUUUAUCUAUGAAAAUACAUUAUUUUUUGAAUCGGCAUCUCGGCAUGAAAGAUAAAUAAAUAAUUGUUAAGUUUUAUUAUUUUGCACUAAGUAUAAGUCAUUCAUAGUUGGAUUAUUAAAAUUUGAAUACGUAGAACUGAAUGUUACCUUUUUUCCUACAUACUCGAGGAACGUUUUUGCCAUAAUACAUAGGUAAUAGGUAUAUUUUUUCUAUUUAAGGCUGUAUAAUAUGGUGUGAUUGUGAUAGUUAAAUAGAUGCAUCACUUUAUUUAAUAACGUUGGGAUCAAUAUACGCAUAAAAUAAUUACUAUUUGUAUAAUUACUGUGUCAUAGAUGUACGUUAUAACAAUCAUAGUAAUUUUAAUGCCUUUUUUAUUAAAGUCUGUAUUCUAUAAAUCAUUCAAUAGUAUUCGUAAUAUUUUGGUGCAGUCAAUUCGAACGUUGUAGUUAUUAUUUAACUGAAUAUUGGGUAACAAUUAAUAUUGUUGGAUGUUUCACACAUUUAUCAAUAUAAAAUGAAAGAAUCAGCCAAUGAAAAAAAAAUAGAAUGCAUCAAUCGCAAUGAUUGCUUCAAAAAUUCAGUUACGUAACCAUUGAAAGGAUUGAAAUAUAAUUUUUACUAAUGUUACGUGUAAGCCUGAGUUUACAUUCCGUCGAUCAUAGAAAUAUUUUAUGAUUUUUUUUAAAUAAAGCAUAAGAGCUAGCGCAGACGACCACUUUCUAUCCAUCGUUAGUCGCAGAGUUAGGUUGAGAUCUAUAAAGCGCACUUCGACUUAGCUUAGACUUAAGACACUUAAAACGAGACAGCGCUAUAUACUACUGACAUAAAACCGUCUCGUUUUAACAGAAGUAAAGUCAAAGUGCACACUAUAGACAUAGACAUUGAGAAUCAGUGACUCAUUGAUGCACACUAGCAUACCUAUCACUCAUGAGGUCUGAAUACACUGGAGUGCUUUAAACUUGCGUUAUGCUGGCCAUACAUUCAUGUUCAAGUUUACCAUCAAGUUUGCAGUUUUGACUCUUGGGUCUAGCGAUAUAAAAAUUGAAAAAUUUGUCUUUCCUUGUCUGACUUUGAUAUCGGUAGUCUGCGAUACGCCUAAUGAUAUUGCAUCACAUUAUAUAAAAUGUAUAUUAUAUAUACCUACAUAAGCAUAAAGUAAGAUUCACAACUACAUACUUACAUAUUAGCCUAAGCCAAAGUGUCCUUACCUAACUAAUGUAGCUACUAAAUAAUAAAUAGUGUGCAAUGAACAAGUUUCCUAUUUAUAAAUUAGUAUACUAGAGUGGGAUAUUUAUAUUAUAUUGUAUACUUUGUUGAUUAUAAUUAAAUUAUUAUUU